CACCAGCACAGUUCUCGCCGGCGAAGCAAAACAAUCUCCAGUCUGAGCAGCCCAAAAUUGGAGUACAAUCCGUAUGGGAUAUAUAGUCAUCACAACUUACAGAGUAUUGGUUCUGCCUUUGGAAACGGCAACGAGAAAAACGAAUGCGAUCUGAUGUUGACCAAUCCGACUUCAUUGCCCAAUGACUAUUUACCAAUUGCUUUCCAAGAAGAAGUUCAAUUUUUGGAAGACAAAUACGAGCUAUCUGAGAAAAGUGUAAUCUUUGGAGGCUCGGCGACUAUCAGAAAGAUAUACACGAAAGCUGAUCUUCAGCAGUCCCGCUUUUACGCGUUGAAGAAGUUUUCGAUAUACACGGGAGAAUCACAGGAGAAAUACUACAGCAGGGUCGCAACGGAAUAUACCAUAACUCGAAGCAUUGCACAUUUACAUAGUAUACCCUGCUAUGAACUAUUACAAUUGCCUGUUACCCUCCAACGAGCGUGGGGAAUGGUAUUAGAUUACUACGAAUAUGACUUGUACAAGCUAGUAAGAAACCCGGAUUGGAAGAAAGUGGCUUUUGCCGAGAAAAUGUGCAUCUUCAAGCAGGUUUGCUUUGGCCUCAAAUACAUCCACGAGCAAGAUAUCACACAUCUCGACAUCAAAGCAGAUAAUAUCAUGGUGGCAAGAAACGGUUUGAUGAAAAUAACCGAUUAUGGGUGCUCCGAGAUAGGACACGAAGAGUAUGGCAAUUUCACCAGUAAAGUGGCAUGUAAAGCUACCCGCUUGGGCACCCCACCUUACCAGCCUCCAGAAGUUGCGAAAUACGGGUUGCUUGACAAGGAGUCCCGCCAGCCGUAUUGUCCAUUUCGGUUUGAUUACUGGUCUCUUGGAGUUCUUUUGUUUGUAGUGGUCUUGGGGAAAAGUCCUUUUGUUUCCGCACGUGACUCGGAUCUCGGGUUUCAGCUCUACAAGAAGGAAUAUCUUAAGUUCAUAGAGGCGAAUUCGUUGUUCUCGCAAGACAAGAGUGACUCUAUCCCCAAAAAUGGAAACUUCAGCAAUCCUCACGGAAACGAUCCUAACUUCAUCUAUCUUUUUUGGAGAUUAUGCGAUCCAAACCCGGCAACGCGUAUGACUCUACCCAAACUGUUUCACAACAAAUUCUUCCAAAAGCUUGAGAUGUGUGUUGAU